GAGCCACUCUCGUUUUGUUUUUGCAAUGCCUGCCACAGUGAAGCCAAGCGUGAACGCGCCUGUGGUUGUUCAGUCGGCCCGUGCGCGUGUGUCUCAGUGGCUGUCGCCCGAGCCCGAUGCGCCGCUGCCCCCAGUUGCGGCUACAACCUCAGCUGCUGCUUCUACUGCUGCUGCUGCUGCUGAUGCAAAGGACGGUGCCAAGUCCAAGCAACAGGGCAAGACCAAGCCAGCCAGCACUCCUGCCUCCUCUGCCUUCUCUGCCUCCUCUGCCUCGUCUGCUGCUGCCAAAGUGAAUGGCGGCUCUAGCAACAACCAGUCUGCGCCUCGCCCUGCACGACUCGGCCUUGGCGCCGUGGCCGAACAGAUUGACCCGGAAGCCGCUGCCAAAGCCGCUGCGAACGCUCAACUCAACACGCGCUUGGCCCGCCGCAUCUUGAAUGUCAAGCCAUCGGCAGGCACAUCUCGAGCAGACAUUGGCCCGGCGCCAUCGAGCACCCAAUUUGCUGGUCGGAAGGGAACCAAGCGACCUGCGAACGAUGAUGAUGAGGAAGAGGAUGCCUCGGAAAGCAAAACCGCUUCCAUCGGUAAGGCUAAAAGCGCCAAAGCCAAGCCAGCAGCAGCAACGCCCGCGACCGCUGCAUCAAAGCCCAACAAGACGUCCGACGUCAAGCACCAGCAAGACCGUCGCGUCAAGCCGCGCUUGGACACGGAGGACGCAGAAUCUGGCAACGAUGCCAAUGAGCAAUUCCCGGCCGAUGCGGACGCCUCAGACUUUGCCUCAAACUGGGACGACACUCCCUCCAAAGCGGCAAAGUCGGUGCCAACUCCGAUGGAUGAUACCUGGCAGAACGCAAAUGUUGGUCACUUUUCUGGCAAAAUGUCCACCGAGGCUCUCGACGGCGAGUCUCAAGUGCAGGCUGCCAAGCAAGCGCAAAAGCGCCGCCAGGCUCCCAAACCUCGCACUGUGGUCAACCCGGACGGCACUGUAACAGAGAUCAAACCUAAAAAGUACCGUUCCCGGCAAAAAAACAUUCGCAAAGACAACCGUCCUCCAGAGCUUAAACCAAACUACCUCGUUCCCAAGCCCCGUCCAAACAACUCGCAAAAGCCCAAGCAACCAAGUGCCGCUGCCUCGCAAUAGUUGAACAUGAUGUGUCAUUGCUGCGCGUGUCUCGGACGUCAUUUGGCUCCAUCGAGUGGAGAAACAGUAUCAAUCAAAAUCGACAAAGCACAAACACUUCAAAACGAA